CUUUAACAUCGGUCUGAGCUAGCUACCAAGUUAAAAUACAGGUCUGAAACAGGGUAUUCAUUAAAGGGUUAGGUCUUAAAUAGGGUAUCAAAUAUUUAGUCAGGUCACAAAUAGAGUAGGUAAAAUCACAGAUUGUGGUCUCAAAUUGGGCAAGGGUUUCGAGAAGCAGGCGGCACACCUCAAGCCGAUUUUUCUAGGAUUACUUACCCGAUCACUUGGUGGCCUAUUGGGUUGUAAAGGUAAUGGUUGAUAAAGCUAUUGAUUGAUAAAUAUAAUUUUAAGUAUAGUUUUUGACUCAGUAACGUUCCGUUUGAUUUUUGCUGAUAUCGGUAUUUUGUUUUUUUACUAUUCCCGUUACCCCUUAAGCCAGUAGUAAGCUUCCCUAACAACUGUAAAUGCUGUGAUUUCAGUUAGAGAUCACCCAGUGGAUAUUUCGAGAAGACUGGUGAGCGCUGAAUCAGUGAAAAUUGUAGUGUCCAACCUUUCCUUUGUGGCGAGGGGUGGAGUGUCGGAGUGUCAUCUCGUUCCCAGAUCCCUCGUUUCUUGUAAAGUUUCAAGUUUCGUUUAUCACCAGAAUUUAUACUCCCAUCGGUUCUGGUUUUCAGUAUUGUGUCGCUUUUCCGUUUUUCUCAGUUGCUUACUUCGGCUCGAUCUUCCCAGAUGGAAUCAAAAAGUGAAGUUGCAUCGCCUAAAUUCGGACAGCCGUGGAAACUCAGCGAUCUUGUUCUUGUUGUUGAGGAGGAAAGAUUCCACGUUCACCGAGCGGUCCUUGCAUUGUGGUCGCCUGUGUUCGAAAAGAUGUUUACAUCAGAGUUUCAAGAGCAGAGCAAGAAGGAAGUUCCACUUCCAGGCAAAAAAGCAAGUGAAAUUGAGGAAAUGCUUUUGCUGAUAUAUCCCUCUCCGACAGAAAGAGAAAUAACGGAGGAAAACUGUUAUUUCCUGUUUAAGCUCGCUCACGAAUAUCAAAUGGAAGCCAUUGUUACGAGAUGCGAAGAUUUCAUGGCCGAGAAGGUCAAAGACAAACCGAAGGAAAGUGUCCUUGCAGAUUUGGUAUUUGCACAGACUUACAAGCUAGAAAAGCUGAAACUAGCGAGUAUGAACCAAGCUCAUUGUCUCAGUCUGGACGAGUUAAAACAGGACGAGAUGUUCGAUCAAAUCCAGGAAAAUAGCGUAAAAGAGAUCUUGGAAGGAAUUAUAAAGAGACUGCAAACAGAGUUAACUGAAUCCCGAAAUCUGGCUAAAGAAAGGCAAGUAAAGGUUGAGAUGAUGGAAGGGAAAAUUCAGCGAGUGAAAAGGAAUUGUUUAGGUGAUGUAAAUAAUCUCGCGGACUACCUCGUUAGACAUGCUUCUUCUAAACACAGAUCUAGAUAUUACUUUUCCGAUGUUAAUAGCAACAUAGCAGCUUUACAAAUGGAUGGUGACGGUCAUUAUUGCCAGUGCGACAAAUGCAAUGGAAAGUGGAUUUGCAACGGUUUAAGCGACGUUACCAGGUAUCUUACUUCAAUUAAAGCUGAGAUGGAACAGCUUCUUCCCUCCUGAAACAUAAGUAAUGAAUGCAAAAUAUGCUAAGUAUGAGAAAAGCAUCGUGUGCAAUGAUCUUGAUUAUUUUGUAUUACUGUUUCAGUUUUUGUUUUUGUUUUUGUUUUUGUUUUUUUAUUUCUUUUUUGUGGAUGUACUGGUUUUCUGAACUUCCGCAUUAGAGUACUAUACCCGCGUAGCGGACGAUUCAUGCAAUCAAUUCAUAGGGCGUGAGUUGGAACGAUAGGUCACGCGCGUUGAAGUGGACUCGCGUGUUUACGCCUCGCGCGUUCUCGCGCUCUCUGUUGCACUUUUCCAAUUUGCUCUUUGUUAUUACUUAGGCGCCUUUUACGCAAGCUUCAGUAGAGCGCUGAUAAAGAUACAGGUUUACAAGAGGAAUAAUUAGUUAGAGGCUACUGUAUGGACAAAAUGUACUAUAUCUUUUUCCAUCAGAGCGUUUUUCUUAAUUAAUGUUGUGAUGUAAAUGUCAUUUCUAUUGAAAAAAUAUAACAAUUUCUACGAGAGUGAAAAAUCACCUUGGAUAAAAUCUUAUGCAGGUUAAAAAGAAAACUUGUACUGUCCCCCACAGUUUUCAGAAGGUCUAAUUUACGGGCAGGUAUUAAUAUCUCCGAGGGCUUGGAGUGGGAACUCCCCUCCUGAUUUUUUAUUGGUACUCAAUGCUGUAUAUUUUUUUUUAAUGAAAAAUUGAAAUAAAACGUCUCGCCAUUGAUACUUCA